UUUCUGAAUGAAAUCACCGCUGCGCUGUCGCCCAUGUAGAAAUUCGUCAAAAUUACCACAGAAUGGCCGCCCAAAGGCCGAUAGAUUGGGUGGCACUGCUCAUUCUACGUUUUGAAGAUCAGCUUCCCGGUCGUCCUGGGGGUCAGGCAAGCCAUGCCAGACAGGACUUGGAACGUAACAAAGAAUGUCUGAUCAGAGUCAGCAAGAAUCUCUUUUCUCAGGUCAUCAGUGGCCUUGCAAACAUCCUCAAGAACCUCGCUUCCAUUAAGGGGCUUAAUCCAGACCAAGAGAAAUGCCUUUUUCAGUCGCAGCUCAUCAUUCUGGAUACACUGGAAAAAUGUCUCUCAGCUCAACCCAAAGACACAUCCCGUUCGGACGAGACAAUGCUGGUCAAAUCCCUUCUACCAGAAAUCUGUCAGCUUCUGAAUGUUAUCUCCGAGAAUCCUCUAACACAUCAGCUUCGGACAUCUGCUUCUAGGGUCCUGUUUGCCCUCAGUCUCAACAACUUCAAUGCAGUCUUCAGCAGGAUAUCAGCUAGAUUGGAUGCAUUGAGUAAAUCCAGUGAUGAAACAUGUGAUGAGAGUGAUAUAGAGUUGAUACAGCACAUCAAUGUAGAUUGUGCCAGACUCACAAGGCUACUCAAUGAAAUCAUCAGUAAAUUCCACACUUUGAAGAGAAAUGCUAUGACUGUAUUAGCACAGAGCCUUGAAAAGGCCAUCUGGAAUUGGAUGGACAACUAUCCUGUGGAAUUCAUGCAACUUCAAAGGUACCAACACAGAGACAGUGAUGGUGUGAACUCUCGGCUUGGACUUACCCCACACCACUGUGCAGAGUGCUGUGAGAAACUCUUUGACUUAGCAGAGAGUCAACAGGAAUCAGCCAAACGAAAGAGCUCUAUGCUUCUCCUACAGGUUAUGCUGCUAGUAUUAUGCCCUGGUCCAUUAGCUGAAAUCCUCCAUUCAAAUCACUUGAACCUAUCACCGAAGCAAAUGCAGAAGAAGCAGUUGCUUGACUCUUUACGUCGCUGGCUUGAGUCUCCUAGCAGCAGCAACAGACAGCAGAUGGAAUGGGCUGUGGUGGCGUGUGUCAAGCUCUGUAAGGCUGCAUCCUAUCUGCAGAACUCUGAAGGGAACGCACUCUAUGAUUGGGUGCUCAAGAUGCUCACAGAUCUAAAUCUCCAACUGUUCUGCCCGUCACGUCCCCUACGCUCUCAGGUAGAUGUUGAGCUGCUGAUAGACAGUGCUGUAGCUUGUUACAGACUAAGACCAUCGGUACCGGAACAUUUCAGGACCUGUCUCCAGGCUCAAUCACCUACUGUAUUCCAUCUGGUUCUGGUCCAGUCUCUUCAUACUAUUGUAACAAAGUCUCACAUGCCUUGGUGGCCCAAGAUUGCUCAGCUCUACUGCUUCUCUGAGAACCUGAGAAGAUUGUUUGAACACUAUCGCAAAUGCAACCAGAACCACAACACUGCAGUCAGGAACCCGCCAAGCUUGACAACACUGAAAUCCAAGAUGCCAGGAUGGAAGUCAAGAGACAAGUCAAGUGAAGACUUCCCCAGCGCUGUCUUACUCUGGCUUGUCAAACUAGUCCAUGCUGAUCCAAAACUCAUGCUGCAUAGCCAUGGAUCAGCAGGACAUGUCAUCCAGAACAACACAUACCAGCUGAUCACAGGACUAGUAACUCUCAUGUGCCAGUAUUCAACCAUUCCUGACAUCUCAGUAGAAGCUAUGAAAGCUCUCCUUACACUCCAUCAACCUGGCAAUGUAGAGCUAUGGAACCCUGAGGCACCCAUCGCAACGUUCUGGGACAUUAGCUCUUCAGUGUUGUUCUCAGUGGCCCAGAAGCUUCUCACCCAGCAGAUAAUCAACACCACUGAGGUUCUCAAGUGGCUCAGUGAGGUGCUCUCCUUGAGAAACAGAUUCCUCAACAAAUACAAGGACCAUGCGACAGUAGAUUCAAACAUUCCAAGAACAAGAGAGGCACAGAACAAGCUAGAGUGUGUAUUCAUCAUGAACCUGUGGAGCUGCGACCAGGAGGCUACAUCCACUGCCCUGUCCUGCCUGGGCCAGCUGUGUGAGGAGGCAGAGAUAUGCUGUGGUACCGAUGACUAUGCCCUCACUCAGGUCGUACCAAACUAUGGUGUCUACACAGAACUAGCGCGCCUCCCACAAAUAGGACCACAGGAAAAAGGAGCUCAGAGGAAAAGAAUAUUUGCAUCUUUGAGGAAGAUUGAGUAUGUAACCGAUGGCAACAGUCAGGCGUGGGAUGAGACAUAUUCCCUUUGGGAGACCUCGACCAGAUCCUUAGGAUUGUACAAGGGUAAAGGAGAGGACAGUGCAUCACUGGAUAGUAAGAGGAACAUGAGACGGGAUGGGAAGGCAUCACACAUUGUGCCACAGCCAAGAGAACAAGAGUUUGAUGAAUGGAAGAACAUGACUGGUUUCCUGUGUGCAUCUGGUGGUAUGUGUCUCAAGUCAAGGAACAGAAGACCAAGGUUUGAUUCACCAUGUGAAGCUGGUCCAAGGCACAUAGGAGCCCCAGUCCUCUCAUCAUCUCCAGUCACUGAGGAACCUACAGAUCAACUCAAGAACUUCAUGGCCAGUCUUCUGAGAUUACUUGUGUGCAAUAAUGAGAAGCAUGGUGCUAAGGCUAGAGACUGUGUGAAGGAGAUGAUAGGAGAGGAGCUUGAUCCAGCGCUCUAUCCUCAACUCUUCCAGCAGAUCAAGGAAUAUGUGGAUAAAUUCUUUGACAGUAAUGGGCAGGUUGAGACAACAGAGAUAAAUACAUUGUUCAUCAAGCAUGUGAUUCAGGUGCUACGUCAGGUCCUUGAGAAUGGUCAUGAAGAAGAAGAGGUGGCUGAACAUCUAGGCAUCGUCAGUAUAGAGGGUCUUAUACUCUCUAUCACAAGGUAUGUGAGGAGACUAGACCCAAGCACUGCCAAUGAGAAUGUAGUACAGAUCAAAGUCCAGCUAUGCAAGCUUCUGUCCAUGAUGAUGAAGAGGAGAGAUUGUUUAUCCUUCAGGCAAGAGAUCCGUUUUAGGAACAAGCUUGUAGACUAUCUCUCUGAUUGGAUCUUAGGCUUCUCAAAUGAUGGUGCCACAGAUGAAAUCAAGUCACUCACAAGAGAACUUGAUGAAGCUAGCAUGGAGGCCAUGGCGGCUUUAUUAGUAGCACUCCCUCUACAGCCAGAAGAAGGAGAUGCCGGUGAUAUCAUGGAAGCCAAAUCAAAACUAUUUCUGAAAUAUUUCACAUUAUUCAUGAAGCUGCUGAAUGAUGUGAUGGAUCGAGAGGAAGAGAAGAGCGUUGAAUCAACAAGGUCUCCUACUGAGACUAACAAUCAAUCAUCACUCAGGAAAUGUACUAUACAAGCUAUGUCCAAUCUGCUCAGUGCCAACAUAGACAGUGGUCUUAGACAUUCCAUAGAACUGGGCUAUCACCCUGAUGUCCAGACGAGGGCAGCAUUCAUCGAAGUCCUGACCAAGAUACUCCAGCAAGGGACAGAGUUUGAUACCCUAGCUGAGACUGUUCUAGCUGAUCGGUUUGAGAGGCUAGUGGGUCUCAUGACCAUGCUGGGUGACAAGGGGGAACUCCCCAUCGCCAUGGCCCUGGCUAAUGUCAUUGCUUCAUCACAGAUGGAUGAGCUAGCCAGGGUUUAUGUGACUCUGUUUGAUGCUAAACACUUGCUCUACCAGCUUCUCUGGAAUAUGUUCUCAAAAGAGGUUGAGCUAGCAGACUGCAUGCAGACCUUAUUCCGAGGCAACAGCCUAGCGUCCAAGAUCAUGGCGGCUUGCUUCAAGAUGUACGGUCAGAACUACCUCAAGCUUCUACUGCAUCCCUUGGUCCAGGAGAUGAUGACCGGUCCAACCAGUCACGUCCGCUACGAGGUCGACACCGCUCGUAUGGAAGCUCAUGAAGAGGAGAACCUUCCUGAGUACCAGGCGAGCCUCAUGCAACUGGCCAAGAAGUUCUUCAAGGCCAUUAUAAAUUCUGUUGAUCAGUUUCCACCACAGCUGCGUAGUGUAUGCCAUUGCCUGAAUGAAGUCGUAGCUCAGAGGUUUCCAAUGAACUCCUUGGGAGCUGUGGGAAGUGCAAUAUUCCUCAGGUUCAUCAAUCCAGCCAUUGUAUCUCCCUAUGAGCAUGGGAUUGUAAACAUGAAGCCAUCGUUGAAGGUCCAGAGAGGUCUGAAGCUGGUCUCUAAGAUCAUGCAGAAUGUUGCCAAUCAGGUCCAGUUCAAGGAACAGCAUAUGAUGCACUUCAACAAGUUUCUCAGUGAGAACGCUGGUAGGGCGAUCAGAUUCUUUCAGGACAUAGCUUCUGACUGUCACACCAUUGAGAAUGUAAGCAACACCCCUUCCUACAUCUCUGAUGCCAACGUUCUUGCCCUUCAUAGAUUACUAUGGAAUCAUCAAGAGAAGAUGGGUGCAUUCCUCUCCAGUAGCAGAGAUCAUCGAGCAGUGGGACGGAGACCGUUUGAUAAGAUGAUCACCCUCCUGGCUUACAUUGGUCCUCCAGAACAUUCCAGACUGGUCCUUGACUCACAUUUUGGGAGCAUGGACCUGACAAGUAGCAGCUUUGAGGAGAUGAUGGCAAGAAGGAACAUCUUCAACGAGGAAGACUUUAAGCGUCUUAAAUCUCUCAACAUCUUCUAUCAAGAUGGCAUCUCAAGAGCAGGCAAUCCGGUCUUCUACUAUGUAGCAAGGAAAUACAAGUGUUCUGAGAUAGACUUUGAGCAGCUCAUGUAUCAUAUCCUCCUCACUCUCAAGCCGUUUGAUAAGAAUCCAUUUGAGGUCGUUCUGGAUUGCACCAACUUUGGUCCUGACAACCGCUUCAAGCCUCAAGUGCUCUCCCGUGGUGUGCGUUUCCCAGAGCAUGUCACUCAGAACCUGUCUGCUGUAUAUGUCUACAACUGUAACUCAAGACUCAAGGAAUACAUCAAGAGAAAUGAAAGGGUCUUCGUCCUCCUCAAGGGUACUCGUCGGAUCAUUUUCAUUGAGUCAGUAGCUAAGCUGGGUGAAUACAUAGAGCCUGAUCAACAGAGGUUACACAAAGCUACACUAGGAUUGGAUGAAGAUCUGAAAGUAUUCAACAAUGCUCUCAAACUAUCAGACUCACAUAAGGAUAUCAAAGUAGCCAUCAAGGUUGGAUCCAGUGCAAUCCAUGUGACAUGUAUGGAGAAGACGAAGAUCCUUGUCCAGCCUGUCUUACUCAAUGACAUCUAUCUAGCUUCAGAGAUUGAUGAGGUUGCUUUGGUGGAUGAGAACCAGUUCACAGUGACGCUGCAAGAAGGUCGUCUUUUAUCCUUCAUGCAUCAGGAGUGUGAAGAGGUCGCUAAAGCCAUCCAGCAUAUCAGAACAAGAUGGGAGAGAUCACAACCACAAGAGACAGUAGCAGUACAUUCCAAGAUCAAACCCAUGGAUGUUCCUGGCACCCUCCUCAAUAUGGCCUUACUGAACCUCGGUAGCAAUGACCCCUGUCUGAGGUCAGCUGCCUACAACCUGCUGUGUGCUCUGACGGCAACCUUUAACCUCAAGAUCGAAGGUCAGCUGCUAGAGACGUCUGGUCUAUGCAUCCCUGCAAACAACACCAUCUUCAUUGUGUCUAUCAGUAAGACACUGGCUGCUAAUGAACCUCAUCUCACACUAGAGUUCUUGCAAGAGUGCAUCACAGGAUUCAGUAAGAUCAGCAUAGAACUGAAGCAUCUGUGUCUGGAAUACAUGACACCAUGGCUACCAAACCUUACAAGAUUCAGCAAGAGAUCUGAUGAGUCUAAGAGAUACAAACUGACUGUUGUCCUAGACAAGCUGAUCCAUAUGACUAUCACAGAGAAGCAGAUGUAUCCAUCUAUCCAAGCCAAGGUUUGGGGAAACAUCGGCCAGGUUGAAGAUCUCAUUGAUUGCGUCCUGGAUAGUUUCAUCAAGACGAGUGUGUCAGGUGGAGGUCUACCCAGAGCAGAGGUGAUGGCUGACACAGCAGUGGCGCUAGCAUCGGCCAAUGUCAAACUAGUAUCUGCCAAGGUCAUUGAGAGGCUAUGCAAUAUCCUAGAGAAGACAUCCCUGUCACCCACAGCAACCCUUGAGAAACAUCUAAUGUGGGAUGAUAUUGCCAUCUUGACUCGUUACCUUCUCAUGCUUUCCUUCGACAACUGCUUGGAUGUUGCCAACAACCUACCAGCUCUGUUCCACAUCAUCACCAUGCUGGUUUCAACUGGACCACUAGCCCUGAGAGCCUCCAUCCAUGGGCUAGUCAUUAACAUCAUCCACUCUCUCUGUACAUGCUCACAACUCAAGUUCAGUGAGGAGACGCAGAAGGUUCUCCAUCUCGCUCUUACUGAGUUCUCUCUUACACGCUUCAAGAAGAUGUUUGGUAUCAGCAAGGUCAAAUCAGCUACCGUAGCAGCCUUCAGGUCGAGCUACAGGGAAAGACCUUCAGGACAGCAGACAGAGAUCAUGCCUCUGAGUAGCUUGGAAGCCAUCACUGAUGCUCUGCUAGAGAUCAUGGAGUCUUGUACGAAGGAUAUCCCAACGUGUGAGUGGCUGAAAGAAUGGACAGAACUCACCAGAAAGUUUGCAUUCCAGAACAACCCAGCUCUUCAGCCCCGAGCCAUGGUAGUCUUUGGUUGUAUCAACAAGUCAACAUCACCUAAAGAGAUGCGUAGUCUCCUGCUCUUCCUGGCUCAUGCUGUACAUAAUGCCAUCAAUCAGAAGGAUUGCUACGGGACGGGGAUUCAGCAGAAUAGCUCGCUGCUCUACAUUGAGUCUAUCGUCAUUGCUAUGACCAGGUUGCAACCUCUGCUAGAGAAGGAUUCUCCAAUGCACAAGCUACUGUUCUGGGUAUCCAUAGCCGUUCUUCAGCUAGAGGAAGCAGCUCUGUAUGCAGCUGGUAUGGCCAUGUUGGAGCAGAACCUUCACUGUCUAGAUGAACAAGGACUGUUUGAAGACACGAGUCCAGAAGUAGUCCUGAUGGCUGUUAGAGAACCUCUUGAUUUCCAGUUCAAGCAGAUGGAUCUAGCAGUUGGUCUUAGCUUCAAGUAUAACUUCAACUUUGCUCUAGUUGGGCAUCUACUAAAAGGUUUCAGGCAUCCUACCAGCGCUACAGUGUCAAGGACAAUACGCAUCCUCAACCUGAUGCUAGACAUCGUUUGCAAGCACAGAAAUUGUGACAAGUUUGAUGUGAACAUGGAAUCAGUGGCCUACCUAGCAGCCCUCUUACCUGUAUCCGAGGAGGUGAGAAGCCGCUGCAGCAUGCGUCGUAACUACCCUAACCUAUCACCAGAGGCUCUGGAGCUAGACAACUCCGUCUUCGUCCAAGUCCAGUACGUCUACCAUCCAACGCAACAACAGAGAUCGCCCUCCAAGAAGCUACGCUCCCCGCACAAGACUCCAGGCAUCACGAAUGCUGCCGUCAAGACGCAGCGGAGCCUGGAUUCAGCGCUGAGGCAGCAGCAAGGGACGGUAACGAUUGACAAGUCGCCGUUGAAACAAUACAAGAGCUUGGAUCUGCCGCCCCACAGCACUGGCAGAGGGGUGCGCAGUCCUGAGGUGGUGGUCAGUGGGGCGUCGUCAGGAGGUAGUGGUGAGGGAGGGGUAGGAGAGAGGAGAACGAGGCAUGAGAGGCGGACCAGUGGGACAGGGAUGACCAUCCCUCAACCUAGGAAGGAGCGGAAGGUCUCCACACCAUCAGAGAAUGUGCUUCUCAAUGAUGAGGUACUCACCGAGUCAGGUGUACAAGCUCUGCUUCUAACGGUUCUGGCUACCCUUGUACGUAACAUGAAUGGAGGAGGAGUGGGGAUCCUCUAUGAGUACUUAGCUGAAGCAAGCCAAGUCUUCCCACAAGUGUUUCCAACUGUGUAUUCGCUACUAGACUCCAAGAUCAGCCAUGUUUUGAGAACAUGUGACAACCAAGCCAUGUUGGCAGCUGUACAGAGUAUAAUCCAGAACACAUUAGCCAGUGAAGAAGGCCAACAACAACCUACGAAUCUACAAGGCAUUGGCUUUGGAGGCUUGUGGCGCUUCAGCAGUCAGUUUCCACAGAAAUCUGAGAUCCGAGGUACAUCUGAUCACUUUGUGAAGCUGUUACAGGCCAUGGCUGAGCAGUGUCGUACAGGAGAUGACAGUGAUUGGCUGUCUGUACCAACCCUUGAGUUCUUCUCUCUAACCACACCCUCGGUGAUAGGUAACCUCUCAAACUCCAUGUCAUCUCUCUGCUCCUCACACUCUGCAUCAGACGUAGAGCAGCUCUCAUCAUCUCACAGUGCUCAGCUCUUUGCAGUGCCAACCCAGCGGCUACGGCACUGCUCUGACCAUCAGACCAUGCUGACCUCUACCAGCUUGACCGGGAACGUCCAAGCCAGGCCUCAUCAUCGGAGCAGCUUCAAGAGAAAGAAGCAACCUUCCAACAGGUAGCACUCAUCUAGCACCAGAUGUCUAUAUUUAUUCAAAUCAUUUCCCUAUUUAAAGACGUGUAGAUAUGCUUCUGCACCUAUUACAAUUUACAAUUCUAAUGAAUCUAGGAUUUCAAUGAAUCAAAUGACAUAUAUAUAUAAGAAAAUUUAUUUAAAAUUACAGGAAGAUUAAUGGAAGCUCUCCAUAGCAGUGCACUGUGGUAAUGUGAAAAAGAAGUGAGCUUUAUUUUUAAAAGACAUCAAGAGUAUGGCGUAAUUAUGUAUUCCAGUAAUGACGAGGAGAAUGGAAAAUGUGUGUGUUGAAAGCAGGAUUUUAUUCAUUGUACUUAUCUGCUAGAUUAAUUUUGUAUUACUUUUGCAAAAGUUUGUUCUGAGUUACAACCUAGUUCCCUUUUGUAGUAGAUGGUAUGCAAGCCAAGAUAUAACAAGCCAUUACAUCGGAAGUACAGAAAUUACCAAUUGAAUGGGGUAAUGAGAAUUGGGAGUCUUGCUUACAUGAAAAUAAAUUGCAUAGGUCUGUGGUCUGAACAAAGUAGCUUACCACAGAGGGGAACUUCAUUUUCUGUUUGUAUUAAAAAUACAUAUUCUAGCAAUCAUAACACAACUGCAACCUGUAUGUUCCCCAGGGGGGUCACUCCCAACAUGACUUGCUAAGCACCCGUGUCCAGAAAAAGCGGCGAAAGGGUGUCAUUUUCAGCUAUAGGGCGGCGUUGUCAACAUUUUCAUUUAAAAGGGGUCGUUUUUCAUGCACUGAUCGCACAAAAAACAAAUAAAGGGUACUUUUUCAGGUUCACAGGUGUUGAUGCUUUCUUAAAAAAGGGAUCAUUUUAGAAAUAAUGUGAUAUGCCAUUAGGGUCCAUUUCAGAUGUUUAUGGACACAGGUGGGUAGCAUUUGUGUAUGAGAGUGACCCCCUGGGGUAUGAACAUGUACAUUCAGUCUUACAAUGCAGGCUUAUUUCAUCAGUAGAUUUCAAUCAUUGUUACAGUAAUAAGUUUAAUGACCACUGCUGGAUUAUGGUGCUUGCAUUUAUUUGCUCUUAUUUUGUGAAUUUCAUAUUAUACUGCCCGACACUUAUACUGCUUCUAUUUGAAAUCAUGACUGCCUUCCUGUUUAUCAGAACAGGGUUUUAUUUUAAAACGGUGUACAGUAGGUUGAGAAAGAUAGAAAUGUUUGGAUGAGCUUAGAUGGUCCAGAAAAACCUUCCAAGUAAUCCUAGCAUUAUACAUCAUUCCACUAGAAUGGCAGGAGCUCAGUAGCACCUACAUUUAACAACUAAAUUAUUCAUACUCUGACCAAUUUUGUAAUUUUUUCUGAUUGUGUUAAAAAUUUGAUUUGGCCGAUUUAUGUUUCCUGAUAAUAUGACAAAUUAAAGCUUACAUCUAUUAGAAAUUAUUCAACAAAGUCCUUAAUUCAACUGGUCCACUUGUCAUUCUUGAGUUAUGAAAGACACAAGAAACCUCAAAUUUACAAGGGGUAUGAAUAAUUAAGUUGUUAAUUGUAAAUGUGUUCGGACCCACAGAACUGAUAACCCAUGCCUUAAACACAUAAAUGAUAGGAUAAUAGCAGAGAAUAUGAACUUAUGCUGUAUGAACACACUUUUUUCUUUCUUCUUUUUUCUUUUUCUUAUUUUUGGUUACAAAAUAAGAGAACGCACAUAGGAUUUAGAGAAAUUGAAAUAUUAUGUUUUGGUAUGAUACAGAGUGAGAUGACUUUUUUUCUUUCUCCAGAUGUACAUGUAGUGAAGAUACUUAAUGGAAGUACAUGAAGAAGCCCAUCUGCACUGUAGACCUUUGACCUUUGUUAGAUUGUAGGAUACAUGUAUGUACAAGGUUGUAGAAAAUGUAUUGUACAAAAUGUGAAUAUAUAUAUUUAUGUACAGGGCCAUUGCUACUGGUUCAGAAUCUUCAUUGUACAAUUUAUUGUAUAUACUUGUAGAAUUGAAAAUGAAUUAGAAGACAGGAAAGGAAAGAAAUUGAUAAUUUGUACAACUUGCCAGAACUAUAUACCUACAGUAUCGUUAUGUAUUUUUAAAAUGUUUAAUAUGAAUAUGCUUUGUUUGAUAUGCAAGAGUGUGGAUUAAUUGUAUGGGUCCUUGAUAAUGUGUUGAAGCUACAUGUAUUUGUAUAAGGUAGACACGUAUUGUAAUUUCUCAGCACUAAAUAACCUGUCCGAUCAAUGCUUUCCUGCUUGUGUAACUUUUCUCCAAUCGCAGAUUCCUUCAUUCGAUGUACAACCUAUGAUUCAAUCUCAAGUCAUAUAUUAGUUUGUCUUAUAUUGGUUUCUGUGACUCAUUUUUGGUUCAAGUGUUCAAUUUCUUCACAUUUUCAUUCUUGUUCAAGACAUCGAGAUUCUGUGUGACAGAGCUGUGACUGCCUUUAAUCAUGUUAUUGAUUUAAAUUUAUCAAAAUUACAAACCAAAUCCUGAAAAUUGAAAGUCAUAUGGACAGAGAAAUGCAGGAGUGAAAAGAGGCAGGCUUCAUUCAAAUCCUUUCAAUUCAUUACCCCCACACCUAUGGAUUAAACAUCCUGCAUUUCUAAGAAAUAUUACUUCACUUAACUUCUUCAUAAACAGCUGAAAACAUACCUCUACAAUUCUUUAUAGAAUAGAGGACAGCACCUUGUUUCCUCUGGAAAAGGUGCAUCGUAAUUCCAAUUAUUAUUAAUAACUACAAAUUUACUUCAUGGUUAAAAGCUUUGGAAAUUCAGUUAUGGGUGUCAGAUUAAAAAAAUCAUGCUCAAAUUAUUUUGAAAUCUAAGUUUUCUUUCAUCGAUAUCGUGCUGUGGUAUUUUUCAGUUAUAACUCACUUCAUCAGUCUCUUCCUGUUCAAAAUCAUUUAAAUUUGAUAAACCAAUUACAUGUACAUUUAUUUUGAUUGUAGCACUCAUCUCUUGGAAGAUCAGUUAAUGUAUUGGUGAUUCACCUCUUAAAUGCCAAUGAGAUGACUAGUGUAUAAAUCCUUAGUAUUUAUACAGGAUAAUCAAUAUCCUAUUCAUUUUGAUUUUACUUGUGAUCAUAUACCUGUUGUAUAAUGUCUUGUUAAUUGUACACAAUUCAAUGACAACUCCCACACAAACUGUCCACUUUGUCAAUUAUGAUUAUAUAUGAAAAUGGCAUAUAUAUUUUGUGCUUAUUAAAUGAAAAACAAAACUAAAA